UAUAUCGACUGUGGCGGCGAAUUAGUGAGGUUGUGGUGCGGCGUGAACAGAUGGCGAAAUUACUUAAGACGAGGAAGUUAUUGACUUACUAAUAUACGUUUCGGUGGCUCCUGCCCAUUAAUUAAGCAAAUGUCCGGCUUCAUUGAGGAAAAAACCUGCAUGUUGCCACGCAUAGCGCUCAUAGCGUGUGGAUGCUUUAGCCCUCCAACGCCUAUGCAUUUGCGUUUGUUCGAGAUAGCACGAGAUUACUUUGAGCUUCGUGGUACACACAAGGUUGUGGGUGGCAUUAUAUCACCCACACAUGAUUCCUAUGGCAAGAAGGGACUGGCGCCUUCGAUGGAUCGCUGCGCCAUGAUAAAGCUUGCGGUUCAGACCUCCAACUGGAUACGUUUAUCCGAUUGGGAGGUACACCAGCCGCAAUGGAUGCGCACACAAUCCGUGCUGCAGCAUCAUCAGAACUACCUAAACAACUAUAUCAACUCGCCGGGCGAUGAGGAGCAAAAUGGCCUACUACCUGGUUGGUUGCCACUUGGUCUUCGCGAACGUCGUGAUCCCAUAAGUCUAAAACUGUUAUGUGGUGCCGAUUUACUAGAAUCGUUUGCAGUGCCCGGCUUGUGGGCCAAUGAGGAUAUUGAAGAAAUAGUGGCGAACCAUGGACUAGUUGUCAUAUCCCGUUGUGGCUCAAAUCCUGAAAAAUUCAUAUUUGAAUCGGAUAUUCUAAGCAAAUAUCAGCGCAACAUAACGCUUAUUACUAACUGGGUGCCCAACGAAGUCAGCUCUUCUCUGGUGCGUCGUCUCCUAAAUCGCGGUGAAUCGGUCAAGUACCUUCUAGAUGAGCUGGUGCUCAGUUAUAUAAACCGUCAGGGCUUGUACAAUGUGAAAUCGCAGGAUACUCCGCCUGAGGGCAAAGCAUGACGCUGUCUGCACUGCACCUUGCACCAUUUAGAAUUAGCACCAACAGAUCGACAAACGCAGGAGCACCACCAACAUCAGCACCACCAUCAGCAACAAUAUUACCACUAUCAGCAAUCAACUCAAGAUCUACUCGUGCAGUGGCGCCUGUUCAUGGAGUGUGAGUGUGCAAAAGCAGAGAAUUCAUAAUAGAAAUUUUUAAAUUUAUAGUUUGACCAUUUUCUUGCUCUUGCAUGUAAAUAUACACUCUUUUGUAAAUACAUAACAACACGUAUGUACACUUCUUAUACGCCUGAUGUUAUAUGGUGUUCCAGUGUACGUAUCAGCUUAGGUUGCACCCAAUUACUUUUCAAGAAUAACCCAUUCAUAUAACACGCUAUAACUUGUUGUUGUUGUUGUAUUGACACGCAUACAUUUAUGAUGGAUUGUAGUAAGUAUAUAACGGAUGCAGUGCGUCCAAAUCAUUUGAAUUUCAAUCGCGUUUACAUGGAUAAUAACAAGAAUUCAGUGAAAU